UCGGGCACCACCUGGCGGGCGCCGCCGGCCCGGCCGGAGGGGGCGCAGCGCGGGCGGGCGGGGACAGGUGGCGGGGCGGGGCGGGGCGGGGCGCGGCGCCGGGGCGGGCCGGCCCGAGGUCCCAGACAGCCGCGCAGCCCGGGCCGCAGAGGCCGCAGAGCGCGGCGCCCGCCCGCCCACCGCGCCAUGGCCCCGCGCGCCCGGCGGCGCCGCCCGCUGCCCGCGCUGCUCACGAUCUGCGCGCUGCUCGGCCGUCUGCAGGUGACUUUUCAGAUCACCCCUCCAUGUACCCAUGAGAGGCAUUAUGAGCGUUUUGGACGAUGCUGUCAUAAAUGUGAACCAGGAAAGUACAUGUCUUCUAAAUGCACUACUACCUCGGAGAGUGUAUGCCUGCCGUGUGGCCCGGACGAGUACUUAGACACCUGGAAUGAAGAAGAUAAAUGCUUACUGCAUAAAGUCUGCGACUCAGGCAAGGCCCUGGUGGCCGUGGAGCCCGGCAACCGGACGGCCCCGCGGCGCUGCGCCUGCACGGCCGGCUACCACUGGAGCGCGGACUGUGACUGCUGUCGCCGCAACGCCGAGUGCGCCCCGGGCUUUGGCGCGCAGCACCCGGUGCAGCUCAACAAGGACACAGUGUGCGAGCCCUGCCUUGUGGGCUCCUUCUCAGAUGCCUUCUCUUCCACAGAAAAAUGCAAACCUUGGACCAACUGUAGCGUUCUCGGAGAGACGGAAGUACGUCAUGGGACCGAUAAAUCAGAUGUGGUUUGCAGUUCUUCUCUGCCGUCUACAAAGCCACCAAAUGAAUCCAAGAUAUACUUGCCCGGUUUAAUUAUUCUGCUUCUCUUCAUAUCUGUGGCAUUAGUUGCUGCUGUCAUCUUUGGUGUUUACUAUAGGAAAAAAGGGAAAGCAGUAACAGCUAAUUUGUGGCACUGGGUCAAUGAGGCUUGCGGCCGCCUAAGUGGAAAUAAGGAGUCCUCAGGCAACAAUUUUAGCAGCACUCAUAUGGAAGCCUCUAGUCAGCGUGAAAUUUGUGAAGGUGUCUUACUGCUGGCUCUGGAAGAGAAGAUGUUUCCCGAAGAUAUGUGCUGUCCAGACGGUGUUGGCCUCUGUGGCGGUGUGUGCACAGGGGGUGGUCCCUGUGCACAGGGAGAAGAUGCUGGAGUGCUCACCUUGGUCAGCGAGAUGGAGGGGGACCCCUUCAGGCAGAUGCCCACGGAAGACGAAUAUGUAGACAGGCCCUCCCAGACCCCAGACUCUUCACUGUCCCUCCCUCGGCCUGGCAGCAAAUCCACACCCCCUUUCCCUGAGCCCCUGGAGGUGGGGGAGAAUGACAGUUUAAGCCAGUGCUUCACUGGGACAGAGGGCUUGGUGGAUUCUGAAAGCUGCAAUUUCACGGAGCCCCCGUGCAGGACCGACUGGAUUCCCAUAGCCCCCGAAAAGUACUUGCAAAAAGAAGUGGAGGGUGGCAAUUGGCCCCACUGGGCAGCCAGCCCCAGCUCUGCAGAGGGCUGCGCAGGCUGCAGAAACCCUCCCGGGGAGGACCGGGAACCCCUCACGCCUACCGCGAAAAGUGGACCUUUGCCCCAGUGCGCCUAUGGCAUGGGCCCCCUGCCUGAAGAAGCAGCCGAGGGGACAGGCCAGCCCAUGGACGGGGCCGACGUAAGGCUUCCCGGCUCGAUGAGGGGAGGCCCGGGGUCUGGAAGCCCCUCCAGUGACCAGCCACCUGCAUCUGGAAAUGUGACUGGAAACAGUAACUCCACGUUUAUUUCCAGCGGGCAGGUGAUGAACUUCAAGGGCGACAUCAUCGUGGUCUACGUCAGCCAGAACUCCCAGGAGGGCCCGGCGGGGCCCGGCGGCGGCGGCGGCGGCGGCGCGGGGGAGCCGGUGGGCCGCCCGGUGCAGGAGGAGAGCCCGCCGCGCUGCGACUCGUUCGCGGGCCUCGGGCCGCGCUUCCCCGACCCAUGCGCUGACCUGGAGGCGCGCCCGGGCGGGGGGCUGCAGGAGUGCGGCUCCCCCGGGCCCGACAAGGCCUCGCGGCCGGUGCAGGAGCAGGGGGAGGCCGACAAGGGUGCGGCAAGGGCGCGGCGCUGAGCGGCGGGUGACUCGCGGCGGACCUCGGGGCCACCCAGCCCGGGCUCGGCGGGCACCACAGGGGCCGCGCGUUCCUACUUGGAGGCGGGGGGCCGCACGCACCUGCGCCUGGGCGGGACCGGGGCCAGGGGCGGGCCGGGAGGAGGCUCGCGCGCCUGUGCCCGGGCGGGGCCUGGGGACGGAGCGCACCUGCUCCCGGGCGGGGCCUGGGGGCCGCGCGCACCUGCUCCUGGGCGGGGUCUGGGGAACCGCGCGCACCUGCUCCUGGGCGGGGCCUGGGGACGGCGCGCACCUGCUCCUGGGCGGGUCAGGGCGGCAGCCCGGAUCUGCGCCCAGACGCCCCUCUCUUCGGUACAUCGUCAACUUACCUGACAUUCUCCACCUAUCUUGCUCUUUAUAGAAUCGGGCACUUUUGAAAAACCUGCAUUUGUGGUCACCAUUCACUGUUACCCACAGUCACGUAUCAACUGAUGACACGGGUAGGCGUCGCUCCACUUUUUACCUCCUUUUAGGGUUUUCCUCCAUCCCCUCCCAUGCCCCAUUAUCAUUUCAUCGGUAGUUUGUCUCUUUAUGGCAUCUGUUUUAGUGAUUGUUCUGUUCUUUUUGGGUCUCCCCCCCCCAUAUUUGUAUUUCACUUCCAUAACAUUUUUCUUGAUACAACCCCCCCCUUUUGUUUUUACUCUGUAACGAUUUUCUUGCAAAUUAUCCUUAGGGUGCUGGUCUUCUUUACAUAUAUUUGCACCCCUUCUUGCAAGUAGGCUCCCUGUGUUUUGGUGACGGCUUUUUUGGGGGGUAGGGAGGUCUGUACUAAGCACUUUUGGGAAAAGGCUAGGACUGUGAAGCUUGGAGGGAGGCUCAGGGAGCAAAUGAAGUGACUUUUUGUUUUUGAAAUUUUUUCUGUGUUCUCGUUUUUUUAGAGGAAGGAAAAAGGGAAACCCUACUUCCCCCUGAAUGUUCUUAAGACUCUGUCAAUCCUCAGGCAGAACUAAGUGGUAGUGUGUCCUUCUUUCCCCCACUCCCAAAAUGGUUCACCCCUGAGGUGAAUGUAUUUACUCAUUCCAGUAGAGGCCGUCAGGUCCUAGCUGAAUCUCUAAAGAUCCAAGUUGCUGCAGCUUGGUGUUCUUACUUUAAACAGAAUCCUCAUAUUAUGCAUUUAAGAAAACUUAUCACAGAGACACUUUUCUCUUAGACCAGCCCUCUUGUGAGGAAACACACAGCAUGAGUCAGAUUGAAAGGAAUUACCUGGGUUGGUCCAUCCAUUGUGGUGAGUAUUUAAUCUCCUCAGGUGCCAGGGGCCAUAGGUGCCCAGCUGAAGGAGUGGCCAUCAUUGAUUUCUCCCUACUGGUUGCAGAUCUCCUGGAAAUGCUGGAAAACUAUCAGCCAGUUAUGAAUUUUAAUGGAGAAGCAGAGGGUGGCUCUAUAAUUUAUGGGACUCCUUUGCUGGCAAAAAACAAAAACAAAAACAAAAACCCUGCAGGAAGUAAUUGCAUUGCCAGGAUGAUUAGUUUAUGGGAAUUUACUAUCUGUUCUGCCCAUUUUGUUAACAUCCAUCCAAA